AGCAUGGGGAGAGGAAAGAUAGAGAUCAAGCGAAUCGAGAACAGCACGAGCCGUCAAGUCACCUUCUGCAAGCGACGAAAUGGGUUGCUCAAGAAAGCAUAUGAAUUGUCUGUGCUGUGUGAGGCUGAGGUCUCGCUCAUUGUUUUCUCUAGCCGUGGCCGACUCUAUGAAUACUCCAAUAACAGCAUCAGAUCAACAAUAGACAAGUACAAGAAGGCAUGUGCCAACACCUCAAACCCAAGCUGCACCAUUGACACUAACUCACAGCAAUACUUUCAGCAAGAAUCUGCAAAGUUGCGCCAUCAGAUACAGAUGUUGCAAAUUGCCAACAAGCACUUGAUGGGUGAAUCCUUGAGCUCACUCAGUGCAAAAGAGCUCAAACAACUGGAGAACAGACUUGAGAGAGGAAUCACAAGGAUCAGAUCAAAGAAGCAUGAGCUGUUGUUUGCAGAGAUAGAGCACAUGCAGAAAAGGGAAGUAGAGCUUCAAAAUCACAAUGUCUACUUAAGAACAAAGGUAGCAGACACACAGAGAGCACAAGAAGUUAUCGCAUCGACCGGGCCUGAAUUCGACACUCUUGUGACGGCUUAUGACUCGAGGGACUACUACCAUGUCAGCAUGAUGGAGGGAGCCCCUCACUGCUCUGGUCAUCAAGAUCAAACUGCCCUCCAACUUGGUUAUGUGAUGAAGGAUACUUCUGCUGCUGCAAAGGAGUUGAUGUAG